UAGCGCCUUCAGCCCUGAGGAUUCGGGCUGCGAAGAGCCUCGCGCUUCUUGCGGCGCAUGCGUGGUUUGUCUUCAGACAUUCUGUACUGAUCCCGGCCCUCCUGGAAGCUGACAAUAUGGAGGCACCUCCAGUCACCAUGAUGCCAGUAACAGGUGGCACUAUUAAUAUGAUGGAGUAUUUAUUGCAAGGAAGUGUUUUGGAUCACAGUCUGGAGAGCCUCAUUCACCGACUUCGGGGUCUGUGUGACAACAUGGAGCCUGAGACUUUUCUGGACCAUGAAAUGGUGUUCCUCUUAAAGGGGCAACAAGCUAGCCCUUUUGUUUUAAGGGCCCGGAGAUCGAUGGACAAGACAGGGGCACCUUGGCAUCUGCGGUACCUGGGACAACCUGAGAUGGGGGACAAGAACCGCCAUGCCCUAGUACGUAACUGUGUAGACAUUGCCACGUCAGAGAACCUGACUGAUUUCUUGAUGGAGAUGGGCUUCCGAAUGGACCAUGAGUUUGUUGCCAAGGGUCACUUGUUUCGAAAAGGUAUUAUGAAAAUCAUGGUUUACAAGGUUUUCCGCAUCCUGAUGCCAGGAAACACAGAUAGCACGGAGGCUCUGUCCCUCUCCUAUCUUGUGGAGCUAAGUGUUGUGGCACCAGCAGGACAGGACAUGGUCUCUGACGACAUGAGAAAUUUUGCUGAACAGCUAAAGCCUUUGGUUCACUUGGAGAAGAUAGACCCCAAAAGGCUAAUGUGACAGAAAGGGAAUGCCUAACAUUGGGGUCUGUUCUUUUGCAUUAUAGAAACCAAGACUCAAAAUAAAUAUCCUUGAACAACAAAAACUGGACUUCUUCGCUUUAAGAACCGGGGUCCUAGGAGCUUACCUGAGCUCUGGACCUCCAAUCUCCUUUUGUGGAGAUUUCAGCAUGGUGCGCUUCCAUCUCUUUGGAAUGAAAAGUCCAGUCAUUUUGUGCCAUUCAGUUAGCUUAUUUGUUGGGCUGUAUCAGCAGUGUCAUCUUUAAAAAUUACAUUUUAUUUUUUUCAGUUAUCAAACCUUUACUUUUUCUCCCUCUUCUGGAAAUACAAAAGAAAAACAAAACCCUUGUGACAAAUAUUUAGCAGUGCCGUUUUGAUGGUAUGACAUCUCACCUAAAAUUUGAUUGGAUUUCAUUCUGAUAACCCUUUUCUGUUAGCACAGGAAAAAGAGGGUGAACGAAACCAGUUUUUUUGGAGGCAAAGGAAAGGUAUUAAUUCAGUUUUUCCCCAUUAAAAUUUUGAGUGAGAGUAUCUUAAGACCAAAGGCAGUGAGUAUAUGUCAUAUGGUAAAAUAACAUGUAAAGCAGUGGGUCCAUAGUUUCUAAUUCUCCUUUCUAUUUCCACCCUAACCAUUUGCAAGUUUGUUACCUACCAUAGAAACAUGCAGAAAUCUACACAUCCUGUGAGGCCAAAAGCAGGCAUAGCUCAUGGUGUGAUUAACAUAAAGAAUGUUUAUUUUUAGUAUUUUAUGCAUACUCCUUAUUUUCAAGUCAGAGUCUCUUCUGGAUAUUCCUUUCACCUCCGAAAACCUCCAUCGUAAGCAAGAAAAUAAGCAAAAAAGACUUCUCCAGGUGACUGUAUCUGACAGCCCAAUGCCUCCCCACUGAGAAGGCGGAACGUUUAUUUCCUUAUCUGUCCCUCCCAGUUCAUUAUUAGUUUUUUUUUAUUUACUCAGAUUAAUUAAACAAUUCCUUUAAAUGAUG